GCUGGCCUUCCGGAUGGCAGGGUGUGGGCCGUAGCACAGCACAUAAAGGAUCUAGAGUCUGAGAGCCUCGUCCGAGGUCCAGCCCCUCCACUUACAGCUGUGAACUUGGCUCAAGGCCUGGCCCAGAGUAAACACUCAGCAGACGUGAACCUGCUUUCCUCCUUCCCCCUGUCUUGUUUCUUUAUGCCUAGUGGCUCACAUUCCCACCCACCUCUCACCACCCACCCGCUCAGCCCCGGCCAGUCUGCUGGCCUUCGUUCUGUCUGUAGGAGACUCUGAACCUCUUCCUGCUCCAAACCUGCUGAGUUUGCACUUGAUGCUGCUCCCUGGGUCCCCCCUUCAGAUCACCCGUGGCUGCUCUCAGCUUAGCUCUCACCUCAGACUUCGCCACUCAGAGCAGCUCCCAUCCUCGAUCACACCAACACAUUACCCUGAUGGGUUUUCCUUAUGGCUUCUCUCCCUCUCCUAAGUUAUCUUGAUGCUUCCUUUGCUGGUUUUGAUGAUCUUUCCACCCUGAGCUCCGUGGGAGCAGUGGCCUUGACUACUGUGGGUGCACCAGCCCCUGGCAUAUACUAGUUGCUCACUAAAUAUUAGUUGCAUGGGAGUUACGGGGGACCCCUUGCGAGGUGGAGGAGCCUCGUGGAGCUGGUCUGAAGGUCAGAUGGUACGAGGUUUCUGAGAGGACUUUAGAAGUUAUAAAACUCUAUGCAAAUAACACAUCAUUCAGUCUUCCCUCCCAUGGAAGCACCCCUUUCCCAUUGCCCCAAACUAAGGCAUACUCUUCAUAUUCCUGCAGCAUUUUCUGUAAAGAUCUGGCAUUUCUGACACACGCCUUAACUCCUGAUACAUCUCAUUAGCAGGAGUUUCAAAUGAAACUCGGAGGAAUUUGAAGCAAGAGGAAAAAUUCUCUGGCUUGGAAACUGGUCAUCAGCAAGCCGUUCCCAGGUGCAGCUUCGGUGCCGGGGAGCACGCAGAGCCCGCAGCAUUGCAGUGAUGCCCAGCAUUCAAGCUCCACACAGCUUGCCUGGGCCAAGUGUGGCUUCAAGAUAACGGCAUCCUGUGCCUGGUUUGGGGAGGAGGAGACAAAUGCACAGAGUUCAGCUCAGAGGUACCCAAGCAUGGACCGGAAUAAUGAAGAGAUACGUGUAUUAGCUGCAGCCCUUUGAACCACGCAAGAAGGAAAUCAACAGUGUGGACAGGGCUGGAAGCGUUACCACACUCGCUUGUUGGAAUAAAUGAAGAAUGGGCUUGUGAUUAUGCUGACAUCCCAGCAUGAAUCUGGUGGACCUGUGGUUAACUCGUUCCCUCUCCAUGUGUCUCCUCCUACAAAGUUUUGUUCUUAUGAUACUGUGCUUUCAUUCCGCCAGUAUGUGUCCCAAGGGCUGUCUUUGUUCUUCCUCUGGGGGUUUAAAUGUCACCUGUAGCAAUGCAAAUCUCAAGGAAAUACCUAGAGAUCUUCCUCCUGAAACAGUCUUACUGUAUCUGGACUCCAAUCAGAUCACAUCCAUCCCCAAUGAGAUUUUUAAGGACCUCCAUCAACUAAGAGUUCUCAACCUGUCCAAAAAUGGCAUUGAGUUCAUCGAUGAGCAUGCCUUCAAAGGAGUCGCUGAAACUCUGCAGACUCUGGACUUGUCUGACAACCGGAUUCAGAGCGUGCACAAAAACGCUUUCAAUAACCUGAAGGCCAGGGCCAGGAUUGCCAACAACCCCUGGCACUGCGACUGUACGCUCCAGCAAGUUCUGAGGGGCAUGGUGUCCAAUCACGAGACAGCCCACAAUGUGAUCUGCAAGACCUCCGUGCUGGAUGAACACGCCGGGAGACCGUUCCUCAACGCUGCCAAUGAUGCUGACCUUUGUAACCUCCCUAAAAAAACGACUGAUUAUGCCAUGCUGGUCACCAUGUUUGGCUGGUUCACCAUGGUGAUCUCGUAUGUGGUGUAUUAUGUGAGGCAAAAUCAGGAAGAUGCGCGAAGACACCUUGAAUACUUGAAAUCCCUGCCAAGCAGGCAAAAGAAAGCCGACGAACCCGACGAUAUUAGUACAGUGGUGUAGUGUCCGAACUGACUGGCAUGGAAAAAGAAAUCCGUUUGGGAUUGCAGUAGAAUAAGUGGUUUACUUCUCUCAUCCAUUGUAAACAUUUGAAACUUUGUAUCUCAGUUUCUUUUGAAUCAUGCCACUGUUGAACUUUUAACAAACAUGACAGCAUAACAAAUCAUUUUCAUUUAGGUGAGCCACCCCUCCGUUGUACUCCUGGUGGUAUAUUCCUGAGUCAGCUACUUCUCUGAACCUUAGUUCUAUCCAUCUCAGUAUUUAAUAAUGAAAUUUAUUUUUUUAAUUUGAAACCAAAUAAAA